AUGCCUGAAUGCAUCACCUCCCAGAACUCCAUGCCAAGGUGUGAGAAGGGGAAGUUCCAGCAGCCAAAGGAGAUUUCUCCUGAACUGGAAGAGCAAAUCAGUGGUUUCUCCCAGAAAACUAUUGUGCUAUCAGAGACUUUGAGGAAGUUCAAAGCGAAUGUGACUCUGGAUCCAGACAUGGCUCAUCCCAUCCUCAUCCUGUCUGCCAAUCGGAAAAGUGUGAGAUGGGGAGACACAUGGCAGGAUCUGCCCAACACCCCUGAGAGAUUUGACACUGAGCUCUGUGUGCUGGGCUGUGAGGGAUUCACCUCGGGGAGACAUUGCUGGGAGGUGGAGGUGGGGGCCGGGCAAUACUGGUCUGUGGGGGUGGCCAGAGAGUCUGUGGGGAGGAAGGGAGAGAUCAGCCAUAGCCCUGAGGGGGGGAUCUGGGCUGUGGGGUGGUGCUGGGGGGGUCAGUUCCGGGCUCUCACCUCCCCUGUGACCCCCCUGCCCCUGAGCCGGGUCCCCAGCAGGAUCCGGGUUUGUCUGGACUGUGACCGGGGGCAGGUGACAUUUAUCGAUGCUGGUGACGAGGCCCCGAUCUUCACUUUCCCGCCGGGCUCCGUCCCUGGGGAGAGAAUCCAACCCUGGCUCUGGGUGGAGCCGGGAUCCCAGCUCCGACUGUGUCCCUGAGGCCAUGUCUACAUCU